GUAUCUCCCUUGCAAAGUCCACUGCUGGCGCUCAAGUCGCCACCAAAUUCAUCUCCUACCACCCUUGACAGAAUAUGAGUACUGACACGAACAACUUCUCUGCAACUCCAAGAGAAAUCUUUCAUUUGCAUGCGACUCAUCCCGAGAGGGACAAAGAGUUCCGUGCUACGGCAGUCUCUAGUGAAUUCCUCAAAGCGAGCCAGAAAAACUUUCGCGUACAAUGUUCUCAGUGUCAACUGGCAUUGGAGAAACCUUUGAAAUGUGCAAAGUGUAAGGGCGUUUGGUAUUGCUCAAAAGAGUGUCAAAAGAAACACUGGCCCAUCCACAAACCGAGAUGCCACGAGGUCGAACGUUCUUCAGGAACCUUCAAAUUCAUACGAAUGUUCAUUUUGAAUCCGAUACUAAUGGAGCUCCUCAAAAUUGGUGUCAUCAUCGACUGUGGCCUGCUUGACAAUCCUCGCAUUGGAUUUGACAAGCCGUUUGGGGUGCGCGUUGAUAUUGCCAUUGAGCCAAGUAACAUCCUAGACUUCGUCGGGUUGUAUCUUGGCAGCAAAUCUCCUGGGGAGAAGCUUCAAGGGAUGGUGCAGAUCAAUGCCAUGACGCCGUGGGAACUUACAUCCGAACGGGUAGACAAAUGGCAUAGGGCUCGGGCAUGGCAUGACGCAGAGGGUUUUGCCAAUGAUCCUGUUGGACUUGUGGAUUUCGUUGAUGCCAACUGCACAAUGGAAUUUGGGAAUGCAACAACCGCUGAGGUGCACUUUCUACCUAUUGUCCUUGACAUGGCAAGGGCACGAAAGCCUUUCUUAGGUGUCUCUGCUGUCACGGGCGCUGAAAUCAGGAAACCCAUGAGUGCUAUGACAUGUUUAGAGACUCUCAACAUGCAUAUCCGGGCAGAUAAAGAUAAUCAGCUGCAUUUACGCACUGAUAUGACAGAUCAAGAUAAGGAAAUUAUUUGCGCUGCAGGUCGCAAUGAGGACACAUAUCUGGCCCGCCUUGUUAACGAAAAGAUUCAAAGAGAACACCUCUAUGCUGCUCUCGCGAAACGACACAUUUAGUAGUUUAAUGAAAUUCUGUCACGCGCAAUAUGUAUUCUCUCCGUGACUUUCAAAUCAGCCUUGUACUGUACUUCGUCUCAUCGAUUUCUUGUGUUGUAUCUACUGAAAUUUUGACAUCUCGAAGAUGCUUGCGGCUCUAUGUAGUCGAAGUCUUAUGAGUGAUGCUUCUUGCAAUUGAAGCAUAUACUGUCAUUUACACGCGUAAUCGCUCUUAGCCAUCGUAUGCGAAUUCUGUCGUCUUUUCAUCUUUAUUGACGUUCA